UAUAAACGAGUGGUUCGAAGCCGACAUUUCACCAGUCUGCGUUUUGCCAGCCAGCUAUCGCGACAUUUUUAUUGCUACUCCAGUGUUACUUUCCAUAUAUUUCCGCAUAGAGCGUUUUUAUAGUGGUUCACGUAGUGUGAAAAAGUCACCACCAUGAAAACCACAACAUCCCUCUGGCUUUUCGCCGUACUACUCCUUGGAUUUUUGUCCUUCGCUGAGUGUGGAUUUGGUGGCGGAUGGGGUGGCGGCGGAUGGGGUGGUUGGGGCGGAAAUGGCUGGGGAUGGGGCGGUGGCGGCUGGGGAGGUUGGGGCGGACCUUGGGGAGGUUAUGGCGGCGGUUGGGGUGGAUGGGGCGGUUGGGGAGGAUGGAAGAAGUGAGUUCGUUUUCCGGUUUGUUGACCCCGGCUGCGACGCUUACGGUGGAUCCCAUUCCUCAUCGCCUUCGGAUCAUGUGCCAUUUUGUGAUUCCUGUGAUCAUGUCAUUAACUUGUCCAUCUCGGUUUUAAAGUGCAUGUAAUUUUACGGUCGAAUAUUUAUUCUCAAUGUUUAAUUUACUAUAUGGUGGAAAAGUUAUUAAAGGUCGUGGGAUCAUGA